GGCAAGGAAUGAAGUGUUAAAGUUGCAGAAAAAAAAACCCUGCCCUUUAUUCUCAUGAUGUCCAGCAUGAACGCUGCAUCCAUCCAUCAUUCCUGAUACAUUGCUACUGCUUUCCUUUCACACACACAUACACAUGCACAUUUGUCCUGGCCAGAGGAGGACAAAAAGCCCAUUUUAAAGCGGUACUGUAGGCUAAUCAGUCCACAAAAUGCCUAUGAGACCAUGACCAGUGUUGGUUAAUAGAUCUCUCUCUCUCUCUCUCUCUCUCUCUCUCUCUCUCUCUCUCUCUCUGUAGAGCCUCAGCUGAAAGGCAUCGUAACACGUCUGUACUGCCGGCAUGGAUUCUACCUCCAGAUGUUACCAGAUGGCACCAUGGACGGCACAAAGGACGAAAACAGCUCCUUUUUGCUGUUCAACUUGAUUCCUGUGGGUCUGAGAAUAGUCGCUAUCCAGAGCACAAAGACGGGCCUCUACGUUGCCAUGAACAGUGAGGGCUACCUCUACACUUCCGAACACUUCACGCCAGAGUGUAAGUUCAAAGAGUGCGUGUUUGAAAACUACUACGUGACGUACUCGUCCAUCCUAUACAGGCAGACGCAGUCUGGGCGAGCCUGGUACAUUGGCAUCAACCGUGAUGGGCAGGUCAUGAAGGGCAAUCGUGUCAAAAAGACAAAAGGAGCCGCCCACUUCCUGCCAAAACUCAUUGAAGUGGCAAUGUACAGGGAGCCUUCGUUGCAUGACAUCGGUGAGCAGAGUCCACCAUGGAAAACAGCCAAAACUUCAGACUCUCCUGUCAACAACGAUGACAAGAAUGACCCUUUGCCUCCUAAAACUAGCGCCUCCUAGCGACCGGAGGAUAUAAGACUGGAGCAUAUGCCAAUAUACAAAGGGAAAUGGCAUGGGAAUGAUAAAAACAGUCAAUGCAGUCAUAUUAUUGAUGCCAUUACCCAUGAUUCAGGAGCUCAAUGAACCCUGCCUGAUGGACUCCUCUUCUUCUGCUACCGCCUUCCUGUUUGAACCUGGGAAUUUUUUGAGCAAUAAGAACCCUGAGUUAUUCGGGGUGUAUGUUUUAAGAGAGAAAUGAGCUGUGAUACCAUUCAGCACACUUUUUUUUUUUUUUUUUUGCCUUUUGUCUGACCAAUGUCAGUUUCAAACACUGUCAUAUGACACUGGAAGAUCCUGACAUUUGGCUGUAUUGUUUUGGAAGCAUCUGUUUGUGUUGUUGUGUGCAUCCUGUGCAGUCUUUCUCCUGUAUCUCUAAGCCGAGUGUAAUCUCCUCCUUGCCUCCUAGGCUGUUUGAUUAGUUUGUGACAUAGAGUCAAUUUUCCACUCCACAGCACAGGAAAAACCCACCAUGUACUCCAGGGUACCAUUGAGACACUUGCAUGCCUGUGUGAGGCUCACACACAAACACACCCACACACACACAUAUAUAUAAAGAAUAAAAUUUGAUUUAAAAAGAAAAAAGAAAAAGAACACACACACAGGAGUAAUACAUUCUCCCCUUUCUGUAUGAUAAUGCUAUAAAGAUUUCCACCCCAAGGAGCUAAAAAGCUUUCUCUGCCCAUAUACAAUAGCCCCAAAACUGAUGAAAGUGUGUGUAUGUGUGAGAGGUGACUCGUAACUGUGGAAACUGAAGUACAUUAUCACUUUCUUUUGCUUUGAUUGGUUUUUGUCAGGAUGCCCUGAGAGUAAUAUUCCUGCUGCUCUCCUUAUUCCUCUUCCAUUUCAUCUUGUCUUUUCUUUUCUUUUCUUUUCUUUUCUCGAAAGCUGUUUAAGGCUGUUUAAUUUGCUAAGCAAUCAGUUUGGCGCUUUCUUCAAGUCCAUGGUCUUGUAAUCAAUAUUUGACCACAUUUGACCAAAGGCAAUUAUUGGAAAACCAAGCAUAAAUUGUCUUUCGUCUUCCAGUAUUAUAUAACAUUCUCAGCAGUAUCACGUUCAUUUGAUUCAGAUUUUUUCCAAGUAACAGUUUCAUCUUUCAGCUCUAAUAAUAAUAAUAAUUUUCUCUAAUAAUAAUGUCUCUAAUAAUUUUGUGUAUGCUACCUUACAGGGCUUUUAAACCAUAAAAAUGAUCUACUCCCCCUGCCCAUGAAAGUCAGUUCCUAAUCAGAAAGGUAUUUCCUAAUUAGAGAGAACUUCUUAUUGAUCUUGGUGAUAGAGUUCUGGAGCAACUGAAAUAACAAUAAGUCAGGAUCCAGCACCCUCAAAUAAUGUGCAACAUGGAAGGCAAAUAGAGCACACCGAGGUUACGUGCUGAUUGUAGAGAUGAAGAGAGAAUAGCAAUGUUGCUGUUUAGAUCAAUGCAAUAAUCUUCUCUAACUGCAUUAGGGAGGUAUAGUGAUGGAAAGAUGAUGGAAAGAUAACAGAUAACAGUUAACAGACUGCUUCAUCAGUCUUAGGAAUCACUGGCGUUUAUUUAUUGCACUGAAAAACUGGUUAACUCUAAAAUCGAAUAACACUGAAACAACGAAUACAAACUUGCUUUAGAAUUUGUAACCAUGAAUUUAUUUAUAGCUCUAAAUGCCUUACAAUACAACAUUAUAGUACAGGGGGAAAAACCCUCUGUACACUCUGAAGGGCUAAUUUCAUCCAUAAAGUUCAGCUAUUCUCCAAAUAGCUGUGGUUUGUCACAUAUUCUCUUCAUAAUCCAACAAUAGGCCAAAACAAUUUCCUAAUAAUGAAUAAAAGAUGAGUAGGGACAAAAAAAAAGUAUGUGGAUGUUUUCAUAACUGAAGGAAAAAAGGAAGAUGCCUUGGAGGUUAAACCUGAUUAAGACCUAGUGGCCUGGUCUAAUUAAUGACUUCAAUUACGCUACUAAAUUGUUCUUUUAGUCUCUCAUACCCCCUCAUGCCACAUUGUCUCAUGUGCCCAAGGCAGAGCUUGAGAUUUGCAUACGCUUUCACAAAUCAGACCAUUUAAAGACCAAGGCUGGUUUCUACCACAGCCAGUUACAGAGGAGAUUUACAGAUGUUUUUAGGCUAUGUAACUAGCUGAGAUUCAUUUAUACUAAUUAUGCUACAAAUAUUAACGCUGUGGGAGAAUUUCAGAAUGGUUGAGAUUACUUAAUAUUAAACAAGGAGCUGUAUUUCUUAGCAUGUUUUACUCUGGAGAAAGUUUCCGAUAAACUAGCUAGCUGCUCAAUGAUUGCUAUUGAAAGCCACUUUUAUUCAUGAGAUCACUUUAACUGUAUGUCUGCAUGUUUUACAUGAUUUUCUCAGCUUUCUUCUAGCAAGAUAAGCUUGAGGACGAAACAUCUGAAGUGGUGGUUAAAAGAGAGGGGAGAACUUGUUGUAUAUUGUGAAGUUCUUCAUUUUGUUCCUAUGCCUGGCUACUGUUGAAGUAACUUGUAUAGACAAACAUUUAAAAGGUUUUGUGUUAGAAUAUGCAUACAGCAAAAGCCUACACCAAUUAUCACUUUAUUUGAUACACUGAGUGCUUUCAUUUGAUACACUAACUGCCAAAUUCAAGUCAUAGCUAAAUAGUUAUGUGGAAUUGAAUUCAGAGUUGAAUUGGUGCUGAUGGCGGUAUAUUUUGUAUAAUUGUUGUUCAUUUAUAUCUAUAUCAGUUUAAUUGUGUCAGAAACUGAGUGGGAAGGGGAUGCGGUUGUGAGUAAAAUCCUUUUAAUAAAAUUUUACAAAUUUACAGUCACAUUUAUGGUCAGAAAUUAGAAGCUAGAAAUCAUUACCCAAAACAAGACUACAGGGCAAACUGGAACAAAGUUUUUUUUUUUUUUUUUUAAAAAAGGAAACCUUGCAAAAGAAAAUCAGUAAACAAAAUGGUAUAUUCAGAGAUAGUGAACAUAAAUGAAAGACAGGUGUGAUCAGUAAAUAGGUGAGUGAGAGCCAUGUAAUGUGUGGACUGGAGUCUGUUGUGACAGUCUGUUGUAAUCAAUCUACUUAAAGUGAAGUUGGCAUACCCAAUUUAAAGUUAAAAUCAAAGUACACAGGUCAGUACAGAACAACACACUAGAAGGAAGCAAAUGUAAAUUGAACAAAUCUGAGGGAUCAUUCUUGGUACUGUAGAUGGAGACAAAGUUCAUUAAUAGGAUCUUUUUUUACUGGUAAACUGUAAAUACUCUGAAAGCCAGGC